UUCCCUCUGAUACUCUUCAUCACCACUGAGGACCAGGAUGGAGACACCUUUCUACCACGACGACUCUCCGGCUGUCUCCGGCUGCAGCCACCUCGCUGAGGACCAGCGGGACCCAGGAACCAGGAUGCUGAUGAGUAAGAGGUCCAUGUCAGCGCCAGGCAGUCAUCACUUCCCCGGCGGUGGCGCCACAGGAGGGAGGGGGGGAACCAGCCACCUGGGGCUCGGGGGGAACAGGUCCCUGAUGUCGGCGGUGGCCUCGGCAGCGUCUCCGGGGGACAUGAACCUGCUGCAGCUGGCGCCGCCCGACCUGGAGCACCUGAUCAUUCAGACCAAUCAGGGACUGGUCACAACCAGCCCCGCGUCCAACUCCACCAACCCCUUCAUCUACCGCCACCAGGCGACCAACGAACAAGAAGGAUUCGCCGACGGCUUCGUCAAAGCGCUGGCUGACCUUCACAAGCAGAACCAGCUGCUCGGAGGCGGCCCCAUGUCCCCGUCCUCGUCCUGCUCCGUCUCCCUGCAGACGGCCUAUCAGAGGAGCCUGAUGGCCGCCGCUGACCCCCCCGUCUACACCAACCUCAGCAGCUACACCCAGGGCCAGAGGCCUUAUUCUGGAGGACCCGGUGGACCACCUCAGCCUCACACCCGAGGCAUGGACGUCCCUCAGACCGUCCCCGAGGUGCCUCACCCGUCAGGUGACCCCAUGUCCCCUCCCUCCCUCUCCCCGGUCGACCUAGAGACGCAGGAGCGAAUCAGAGCCGAGCGCAAGAAGCUCCGCAACCGCGUCGCCGCGUCGAGGUGCCGCCAGCGGAAGCUGGAGCGGAUCUCGCGGCUGGAGGAGAAGGUGAAGGUUCUGAAGACCCAGAACUCAGACCUGGCCUCCACCGCCUCCAUGUUGAGGGAGCAGGUCGCCCAGCUCAAGCAGAAGGUCAAGGGUCACAUCACCAGCGGCUGCCAGAUCACUGUCAGCUCCGCGACCGCCACCAGGCCUGGACGAGGAGGACGAGGAGGACGAGGAGGACGAGGAGGGACGGGCAGCGAGGACUGCUGAGGACGAUGGACACAAGGACAAUGAGGGUUCACUCGUGCUCUUGGUCAGAGCGAGCAGCUCGGCGUCUCCGGACACGAGGACGUCUCGGGGAUUCACGCUGCCUGAGAGUCCCACUAAAACCACCAUCAACCAUGGAGCCAGGGGGGGCGGAGCUUGGACAAGGGCGGAGACAGAGGCGGAGACAGGGGCGGAACAAACGCCCAACACGAGAGACGUUUGGACUUUAAAGAAAAGACGGAACAAAAGACAGAUGGAAACGGAUUGAAUUUAAAGAGACUGUUAAACAGCAAACAGUGUGUGUCUGUGUGUGUGUG